GCCCCGGCCCCCUAGCCCCAGCCUGCCGCCAGAGCCUGGCAUGUCAAGGCCUGGCCCGUGCCUGCCUGCCCAGCCCGCGGAACCCUGGCGGCCCCGCGAGCUAGGAUGAGGGGCCAGGCCGCCGCCCCGGGCCCCCUCUGGAUCCUCGCCCGGCUGCCGCCGCUGCUGCUGCUGCCGCUGCUGCUGGGGCCCCGGGCUCGCGGGGCCGCGGGGGCGGACGCGGGCCCCGGCGCCGAGACCUGCGCCACGCUGGUGCAGGGCAAGUUCUUCGGCUACUUCUCGGCGGCCGCCGUGUUCCCGGCCAACGCCUCGCGCUGCUCCUGGACCCUGCGGAACCCGGACCCGCGGCGGUACACGCUCUACAUGAAGGUGGCCAAGGCGGCGGCGCCCUGCGCGGGCCCCGGCCGCGUCCGCACCUACCAGUUCGACUCGUUCCUGGAGUCCACGCGCACCUACCUGGGCGUGGAGAGCUUCGACGAGGUGCUGCGGCUCUGCGACCCCUCCGCGCCCCUGGCCUUCCUGCAGGCCGGCAAGCAGUUCCUGCAGAUGCAGCACCAGCAGCCGCCCCGGGACCGCCCCCGGGGGGGGCCCGGCGGGCCCCGCGGCCCCGCGGACGACUUCUCGGUGGAGUACCUGGUGGUGGGCAACCGCAACCCCAGCCGGGCCGCCUGCCAGAUGCUGUGCCGCUGGCUGGACGCCUGCCUGGCCGGCAGCCGCAGCUCCCACCCCUGCGGCAUCAUGCAGACCCCCUGCGCCUGCCUGGGCGGCGACGCCGGGGACCCCGGCCCCCCGGCCCCCCGGGGGGACGUCUGCCUGAGGGACGGCCUGGCCGGAGGCCCCGAGAACUGCCUGACCAGCCUCACGCAGGACCGCGGCGGGCACGGCGCGGCGGCCGGUGGCUGGAAGCUGUGGUCACUGUGGGGCGAGUGCACCCGGGACUGCGGGGGAGGCCUGCAGACGCGCACGCGCACCUGCCUGCCCGCCGCGGGCGUGGAGGGCGGCGGCUGCGAGGGCGUGCUGGAGGAAGGGCGCCUGUGCAACCGCAAGGCCUGCGGCCCCGCUGGGCGCACGAGCUCCCGGAGCCAGUCCCUGCGGUCCACGGAUGCCCGGCGGCGCGAGGAGCUGGGGGACGAGCUGCAGCAGUUCGGAUUCCCCUCCCCGCAGACCGGUGACCCCGCGGCCGAGGAGUGGUCCCCGUGGAGCGUGUGCUCCAGCACCUGCGGCGAGGGCUGGCAGACCCGCACGCGCUUCUGCGUGUCGUCCUCCUACAGCACGCAGUGCAGCGGGCCCUUGCGGGAGCAGCGGCUGUGCAACAACUCCGCCGUGUGUCCAGUGCACGGUGCAUGGGACGAGUGGUCACCCUGGAGUCUCUGCUCCAGCACUUGUGGCCGCGGCUUCCGGGACCGAACGCGCACCUGCAGGCCCCAGUUUGGAGGCAACCCUUGCGAGGGGCCUGAGAAGCAAACCAAGUUCUGCAACAUUGCCCUGUGCCCUGUGGAUGAGGGAAACUGGAAUGAAUGGUCGAGCUGGAGCACUUGCUCCGCCAGCUGCUCGCAGGGCCGGCAGCAGCACCGUGAGUGCAAUGGACCCUCCUACGGGGGUGCCGAGUGCCAGGGCCAUUGGGUGGAGACCAGAGACUGCUUCCUGCAGCAGUGCCCAGUGGACGGCAAGUGGCAGGCCUGGGCGUCGUGGGGAGGCUGCAGCGUCACGUGUGGGGGUGGCAGCCAGCGACGAGAACGUCUCUGCUCGGGGCCCUUCUUCGGCGGGGCAGCCUGCCAGGGCCCUCAGGAUGAGUACCGGCAGUGCGGGACGCAGCGGUGUCCUGAGCCCCACGAGAUCUGCGACGAGGACAGCUUUGGGGCAGUGGUCUGGAAGGAGACACCAGCUGGAGAGGUGGCGACAGUCCGAUGUCCUCGCAACGCGACAGGCCUCAUCCUGCGCCGCUGCGAGCUAGAUGAGGAGGGCAUCGCCUACUGGGAGCCGCCCACCUACAUCCGCUGCGUCUCCAUCGACUACCGCAACAUCCAGAUGAUGACCCGCGAGCACCUGGCCAAGGCUCAGCGUGGGCUGCCCGGGGAGGGCGUGUCAGAGGUCAUCCAGACGCUGGUGGAGAUCUCCCAGGACGGCGCCAGCUACAGCGGGGACCUGCUGUCCACCAUGGACGUCCUGAGGAACAUGACGGAGAUCUUCCGGAGGGCCUACUACAGCCCCACCCCCGGGGACGUGCAGAACUUUGUGCAGAUCCUCAGCAAUCUGCUGGCGGAGGAAAACCGGGACAAAUGGGAGGAGGCACAGCUGAUGGGCCCCAAUGCCAAGGAGCUCUUCCGGCUGGUGGAAGACUGUGACGUCAUUGGCUUCCGCAUGAAAGACUUGAGGGAUGCGUACCAGGUGACGGACAACCUGGUGCUCAGCAUCCACAAGCUCCCGGCCAGCGGGGCCACCGACAUCAGCUUCCCCAUGAAGGGCUGGCGGCCCGGCGACUGGGCCAAGGUCCCAGAGGACAGGGUCACCGUGUCGAAGAGCGUCUUCUCCACGGGGCUGGCAGAGGCCGAUGACUCGUCUGUGUUCGUGGUUGGCACGGUGCUCUACCGGAACCUGGGCAGCUUUCUGGCCCUGCAGAGGAACACCACCGUGCUGAACUCCAAGGUCAUCUCGGUGACGGUGAAGCCCCCCCCUCGCUCCCUGCUCACCCCCUUGGAAAUCGAGUUCGCCCACAUGUACAACGGCACCACCAACCAGACCUGUAUCCUGUGGGACGAGACAGACAUACCCUCCCCCCCCGCCCCCCCGCAGCUCGGGCCCUGGUCGUGGCGCGGCUGCCGCACGGUGCCCCUCGACGCCCUCCGGACGCGCUGCCUCUGUGACCGGCUCUCCACCUUCGCCAUCUUAGCCCAGCUCAGCGCCGACGCGACCAUGGAGAAGGCGGCCGUGCCGUCGGUGACGCUGAUCGUGGGCUGCGGCGUGUCUUCCCUCACCCUGCUCAUGCUGGUCAUCAUCUACGUGUCUGUGUGGAGGUACAUCCGCUCCGAGCGCUCUGUCAUCCUCAUCAACUUCUGCCUGUCCAUCAUCUCCUCCAACGCCCUCAUCCUCAUCGGGCAGACGCAGACACGCAACAAGGUGGUGUGCACGCUGGUGGCGGCCUUCCUGCACUUCUUCUUCCUGUCCUCCUUCUGCUGGGUGCUCACCGAGGCCUGGCAGUCCUACAUGGCCGUCACCGGACGCCUCCGGAGCCGGCUCGUCCGCAAGCGCUUCCUCUGCCUGGGCUGGGGGCUCCCUGCGCUGGUGGUGGCCAUUUCCGUGGGAUUCACCAAGGCCAAAGGCUACAGCACCAUGAACUACUGCUGGCUCUCGCUGGAGGGAGGACUGCUCUAUGCCUUCGUGGGACCCGCCGCCGCUGUGGUGCUGGUGAACAUGGUGAUCGGAAUCCUGGUAUUCAACAAGCUCGUGUCCAAAGACGGCAUCACGGACAAGAAGCUGAAGGAGCGGGCAGGGGCCUCCCUGUGGAGCUCGUGCGUGGUGCUGCCGCUGCUGGCGCUCACCUGGAUGUCUGCCGUGCUGGCCGUCACCGACCGCCGCUCCGCCCUCUUCCAGAUCCUCUUCGCCGUCUUCGACUCCCUGGAGGGCUUCGUCAUCGUCAUGGUGCACUGCAUCCUGCGGAGAGAGGUCCAGGACGCCGUGAAGUGCCGCGUGGUGGACCGCCAGGAGGAGGGCAACGGGGACUCGGGCGGCUCCUUCCAGAACGGCCACGCCCAGCUCAUGACUGACUUUGAGAAGGACGUGGACCUGGCCUGUAGAUCAGUGCUGAACAAGGACAUCGCGGCCUGCCGCACGGCCACCAUCACGGGCACGCUCAAGCGGCCGUCGCUGCCCGAGGAGGAGAAGCUGAAGCUGGCCAAGGGCCCGCCCCCCACCUUCAACAGCCUGCCCGCCAACGUCUCCAAGCUGCACCUGCACGGCUCGCCCCGCUACCCCGGCGGGCCGCUGCCCGACUUCCCCAACCACUCGCUCACCCUCAAGAAGGACAAGGCGCCCAAGUCCUCCUUCGUGGGCGACGGGGACAUCUUCAAGAAGCUGGACUCCGAGCUGAGCCGGGCCCAGGAGAAGGCUCUGGACACGAGCUACGUGAUCCUGCCCACGGCCACGGCCACGCUGCGGCCCAAGCCCAAGGAGGAGCCCAAGUACAGCAUCCACAUCGACCAGAUGCCCCAGACGCGGCUCAUCCACCUGAACAUGGCGCCCGAGGCGGGCUUCCCCACCCGCAGCCCCCCCUCGCGGGAGCCGCCCGGCGGCGGGCCCCCCGAGGUGCCCCCCGCCCAGCCCCCGCCGCCCCCGCCCCCGCCGCCCCCGCCGCCUCAGCAGCCCCUGCCCCCCCCACCCACCCUGGAGCCAGCACCCUCCGGCCUGGGGGACGCGGGGGAGCCGGCCGCCCACUCGGGAGCCAGCGCCGGGGCCGGGACCGGGACCAAGAACGAGAACGUCGCCACCUUGUCCGUGAGCUCCCUGGAGCGGCGCAAGUCUCGGUACGCAGAGCUGGACUUCGAGAAAAUCAUGCACACGCGUAAACGGCACCAGGACCUGUUCCAGGACCUGAACCGCAAGCUGCAGCACGCGGCCGAGAAGGACAAGGACACCCUGGGCCAGGACAGCAAGCCGGAGAAGCAGCAGACCCCGAGCAAGCGCGCCUGGGAGAGCCUGCGGAAGCCGCACGGGCCGCCCGCCUGGGUGAAGAAGGAGCUGGAGCCCCUGCCGCCGUCGCCGCUGGAGCUGCGGAGCGUGGAGUGGGAGAAGGCGGGCGCCACCAUCCCCCUGGUGGGCCAGGACAUCAUCGACCUCCAGACCGAGGUCUGAGCGGCAGGCGGCGGCCCCGCGCCGGGCCG